CGAUUCCCUCGCAAGACAGUUCGUGGAUACGAACAACGAGUCAAAGAGACAGCGCGUCGCUCAUGCCAAGUGCCAAGUCGUCCGACGCGCCGCUUCCUGCUGCCCGCGCCAGCGAGCCCGCCUCUGGUACCGUAGAGACGUGCAGGAGUCGCUCCACAGCUGCCCUCCGCGAUGCCAGCAACGCCCGGCGUCCGCACACACCGGCGCCGCCACGGUCGCGCCGCCGACUCUGCAGCGAUAGCAUGCGGCUGCAGGUCGACCGCCUCGCGAUCGUCCAAGCGGGCGACGUUCGCUUUGCCGUCUGUGUCCCGUGCAAGCUCGUCUUGAGCGUCGGGAUUGCGCGUAUUAUCGAGCACGUCUACGGCGCAUGCAGUCAGCCAUUUCCAUUGACGCUGCCACAUGCGCAGGUGACGCAGGCCCUCGUUGCUGCCAACCUCUCGUGUCCGACCGCGAUUGCAGCGUCGCCGUACCGAACGCCGAUGGCAGGCCCCGUGCCGGCGCUACCUCUGUACCCAUCGACCCGCGGCUUCCAUUGUCGGCGUGCCGAUUGCGUCUACUUCGCGCAUGACGAAGCAACGAUGCGCCGACACGUCAAGAGUCAUGGCACCAAGCCCGCCCUCGGCACGACAUUUGCGCGCUGCAAGGUCCAGCAGAUCGCCAAAGGCAAGUACAUUUCGGUGACCCUUGCGCAACGCGGUGACAUCCCGCUCUCAACGUUGACCGAGCCCACUGCAUGGACGAACGACGAUGCGACGCUACCCACGGUUGCUGUGGCGCGCGCCGAGCCCGUGCAAGAGUCCACGCCAACGGUGGCCACGACGGUGGCAGGUCGGGAGCCCGAGACAGAAGAAGCGAGUGCGCCAGGGCCACGAAGAGGGACAUGGACCCAACGGCAGGUCUGCUGGCCAUACCGGUUCACGAAACGUUCGACACCAGCCGUCAUCGAUCUCACGAUGAGCCCGCCUGUGGUCGUGGACCUCACGCUGAGUGAUGACGAGUCCGAGUCGGACUGGGAUCUGCCGCUGAGCCCGCGCUCGUAUGCCGACCUGUGUCGGCGGGCGAGGAACGCCACCGACACGUUUAACGUCUAA